GAGGAAUAGGCCUGCCCGGAAUGAUGGGGGGGAAUUUAACAAUUCAAGUACUGGAUCAAACUUAGAGCCRGGCUCUUCCGCGGUACCUGGGGAAGGUCACCUUGCCUUGCCGGAGAAGACGCAAACUCUUGGCUCCGCUGCCCGAGCUUCAGCGGCUCCUCCUCGCCUUYCUGGAUGCUCGGAGCAAGUUAGGCUGUCUAGCUGUCCAGACAAGUAUCCUCAUGGUAGAUGAGAAGGGAAAGAACAUGAAAUGUCUCACCUUCUUCUUGAUGCUUCCAGAGACGGUCAAGAACAGGUCCAAGAAGAGCUCUAAGAAGGGGAACAGCAGCAGCAGCAGCAGCAGCAGCAAAUUGCCUCCGGUUUGCUAUGAGAUCAUUACCUUGAAGACCAAAAAGAAGAAGAAGAUGGCUGCUGAUAUUUUUCCCCGAAAGAAGCCGGCCAACACGAAUACAACUGCUGUUCAGCAGUACCACCAGCAAAACCUCAAUAACAACAACACGAUCCCAGCACCUAACUGGCAAGGACUUUACCCCACCAUCAGGGAGAGAAAUGCCGUGAUGUUCAACAACGAUUUGAUGGCCGAUGUUCACUUCGUGGUGGGGCCACCAGGUGCGACGCAGCGGCUGCCGGGACACAAAUAUGUCCUUGCUGUUGGGAGCUCUGUAUUCCAUGCAAUGUUUUACGGAGAGCUCGCUGAGGACAAAGAUGAGAUCCGUAUACCAGAUGUUGAGCCUGCUGCUUUUCUCGCUAUGCUGAAGUACAUUUACUGUGAUGAAAUCGACCUGGCUGCGGACACAGUGCUGGCCACGCUCUACGCUGCCAAGAAGUACAUCGUCCCUCACCUCGCCCGCGCCUGCGUCACCUUCCUGGAGACCAGCCUGAGCGCCAAGAAUGCCUGCGUGCUGCUCUCCCAGAGCUGCCUCUUYGAGGAGCCCGACCUGACCCAGCGCUGCUGGGAGGUCAUCGAUGCCCAGGCCGAGCUGGCUUUGAAAUCCGAGGGCUUCUGCGACAUCGACUUCCAGACGCUCGAAAGCAUCCUCCGAAGGGAGACUCUGAAUGCCAAAGAACUCGUCGUUUUCGAGGCGGCUCUGAGCUGGGCCGAGGUCGAGUGCCAGCGGCAGGAGCUGACGGCCACCAUCGAGAACAAGCGCAAGGUGCUGGGCAAGGCCCUCUACCUGAUCCGCAUCCCCACCAUGGCGCUCGACGACUUCGCCAACGGCGCCGCGCAGUCGGGCAUCCUGACCCUCAACGAGACCAACGACAUCUUCCUCUGGUACACGGCGGCCAAAAAGCCGGAGCUGCAGUUCGUGAGCAAGCCCCGCAAGGGCCUCGUGCCGCAGCGGUGCCACCGCUUCCAGUCCUGCGCCUACCGCAGCAACCAGUGGCGCUACCGGGGCCGCUGCGACAGCAUCCAGUUUGCUGUGGACAAGAGGGUGUUCAUCGCCGGCUUCGGCCUCUACGGCUCCAGCUGCGGCUCGGCCGAGUACAGCGCCAAGAUCGAACUCAAGCGGCAAGGAGUCAUCCUGGGCCAGAACCUGAGCAAAUAUUUCUCGGACGGUUCUAGUAACACUUUCCCCGUGUGGUUCGAAUACCCGGUGCAGAUCGAGCCUGACACCUUUUACACGGCGAGCGUGAUUCUGGACGGUAACGAGCUGAGUUAUUUCGGGCAAGAAGGGAUGACAGAAGUGCAGUGUGGCAAAGUGACGGUUCAGUUCCAGUGCUCCUCRGACAGUACCAAUGGCACUGGCGUGCAGGGCGGGCAGAUUCCCGAGCUCAUAUUUUAUGCUUGAGCAAAACUGUGCAGAGAAGCAGCUUUUUUGCGACGAGGAACUUCUCUGGUUCAGACUUCCCAAUGCUUAGCUCUUUACCUGCAGAUACGUGAGCAGUACAGGUAGUAUGCAACUAAACGCUGUGGACAAGCUCCUGGCUUGCUGUACUUGUAGCGGUGUUGGUGAUAAAAUUUACAUGUAAUAUUUAACUCUAAACUGGAACUCCUUGGAACAAGCAGGUUCUCAAGCUUUGUGAGAAGCGUGUUCCUGUCUGGCGGUGAUGCCGACGCUCCUUUGCUGAUGCAAUGGUCAGAUGAUGCCGUGGGUUCUAGGGCUCCUUACACUAAACAUUGUCUUCAGUGAUCAGUUUUUCUUCGUCCCUGACUGCCUGUUUGUCAGUAUUUUAGUGAGAGAGAGGAAGAAUGUGGAGAGCCUUGUUUUACGGCUCUCUUCUGUCUGCUCUUCAGACUUAAGAGACCCUAACAAGCUUGAUCACUUGUUAUCCUGGCAGCUGAAAGAAGCACCUCAGCAGUAAGUAGAUGGAAAUGCAGCUCAUGCCUUCCCCCAGCGAGAUUCUCCCCUGGCCGGCUGCUCGGGAGAGCUGCAGGAGGAGAGGGAGAGAAGCAGGCGGCUCCGGGAGCUGCACAGCUCGCUGUGGAGGAGCUGCGCCCGGCUGCUUCCCCCACAUUCACAUUCUAGGAAUUCCACUUGGGAGGCAGGGAUGUCCGUGCAUGUGCACAAAUUGUGUAAGAAGCUUUUAGCUUUUACACUUUUGCUCCCAUGACCUAAUUUUGCUGUAUUUAGUUUGAGUAACUAUUUAAAUCCAAGACAGGAUAGCUUUUUUUUUYCUUUCUUCUGAGUCUUUUUUUCUUCCUCCAAAACAUUUUAGAUGCAGAUUGUAGAGGAGUGAAAGAAUGUACUGACUUGGGCGUUUUUUUUCCAUAAAAUGAAAUGUCUUCCUUUUAUAACUAUACGUAAUCAAUGGGAAGGUAGACAAAGGUGAGAAAAUCCCCAUAUAGGGUCACAUCUGAUGACAUGCACUAAAUGCAGUAACAAUGAGGAGCAGAGAGUCUUCUCCAAUAUAUUGCUGUUGAAUCUCUUUCCUGUGGUUAAACAUCAGUCGGAGGAUUGUGUCACAAAACCUGUACCUGAACUCUUAUCCAAGCUUCAUGUCAUUUGUCUCUAUCAUUUAUGGAAAUGUAUUAUGGGAUCAUGGCUUUCUAUCAGGGAAGGAAUCAGUAUAAAUAGGAGAUACAGGUACUAUUGAAACAUGAGGAAAUUCUCCACCUUUGCAUUGAGAGAGUUGCCCCAAAAAGGGACACGAGCUCUUGCAGUGCAUCGCGUUCCUGUCGUCUCCAAAAUGGGUUCUGUUUGUGUGUGUGUGUGUGUGUGUGUGUUAAAGAAAUGGGAGGACCAAAUGAAUCUUUAGAUGCAUCGAAGACUAACGUUAUAUCAGCACAUUAAUGUAGCAUAACCCUCAAUUCACUUGUCAGUUUUUGGUAUAUAUUUUAUUUUCCUCGUAUGAUUUCUUACCAGCUUAAUACUGUUACUCUAAGUGUUUCUUGGCUGUAUGGCCUUUGGCCAUCUUCAAAUGUCAAUAYAUCUUUGCAGCGCCCAAAGUACAGUCUGAAGCAAGGAAAACUGGAGUGUAGACAUCAAAUAUUUUAGGGCAAAAGCCCAGRUCUUCUCUCUAGGUAAUGACAGGAGAGCCAAGUGAAAAACUGCGCUGCAGGAUUCGUGCUCUUCACCCAUCUUCAUGUUAAUUUUUUAAUAAA